UAAUGGGAUUAUUGACCGGCGUCGGAUUUCAAAAUUGGUUGGCUGCGGCGGCGAAUUCUGCAUCAGCUUUUUCUUCGUCUGCUUUCCCAUUAAAACCCCUAUUUCUUAAACCUAGAUCAAUUUUCACCUCCACACCCGCCGCACUCAGAAGAACCCUCCGCCUCUCCUCAUAUUCCACCUCCACAGCUCCUCCGUCAACUAUGGGCGACGCCGCCGCUGAUUCCGCCAUGGACGCUGUUCAGAGGCGCCUCAUGUUUGAAGACGAAUGCAUAUUGGUUGAUGAGAACGAUCGUGUUGUUGGACACGAUAGCAAAUACAAUUGUCAUCUUAUGGAAAAGAUCGAGUCUGAAAAUUUGUUGCAUAGAGCUUUCAGUGUCUUCCUAUUUAACUCUAAAUACGAGUUAUUGCUUCAGCAACGUUCGGCAACUAAGGUGACCUUUCCUCUCGUGUGGACAAACACCUGCUGCAGUCAUCCGCUGUACCGAGACUCUGAGCUUAUUGAAGAAAAAGCUCUUGGGGCAAGAAAUGCUGCUCAAAGAAAGCUUUUCGAUGAAUUGGGCAUUCCUGCUGAAGAUGUCCCAGUCGAUCAGUUUACUCCUCUGGGCCGUAUUCUCUACAAAGCACCGUCAGAUGGAAAAUGGGGAGAGCAUGAAUUGGAUUAUCUCCUCUUCAUAAUCCGGGAUGUAAGCGUGCACCCAAAUCCAGACGAAGUAGUGGAUGUGAAAUACGUAAACCAACAACAGCUGAAAGAACUAUUGAGAAAAGCAGAUGCAGGUGAGGAAGGUAUAAAGCUCUCACCAUGGUUCAGAUUAGUUGUCGAUAACUUCUUGUUCAAAUGGUGGGACCACGUCGAGAAAGGUACUCUCGAAGAAGCAGCUGAUAUGAAGACUAUUCACAAGUUGACUUAGGAAAAAAAAAAAACUAAUGUUUGGAUCUUUUAAAAGAUUUGGGCACUCAAUAAAGUUUUAUCAUAUGAAGUUGUUUAUGGAUUUGCUCAUGAGUAUUUUCUUGUUUUCUAUUGGCUUUGUCUUGAGCUUUAAUGUAUCAGUAACUUAAUAAAAAGCUCAUACUUAAUGCAUUUGUAUACCUUUUUUUUUU